UCAUGAGUUAUUUUUUGUCACAAAAAUUAUAUUAAUUAGACAAUAAAUUUUUAUAAAGAUUGAAAUAUCUAAUAUUUUUUUUAUUUCCAUAAGUUAUUACGAUUUUUGAACUAAACUUUAUAAUACACAAUUAAAAAUGGAGAAAAUAGACAAAUCGAUAAGUCGAUUAUCUAUUAAACAAAGCAUCGCUUUAAGACGAUUAACGAAGACUGAAGUAAUAGCACCAAUAGUAGAACUAACAAUAUUAGAAAAAAGAAUUUGUGAAGUAUUUGAUAUAUUUGAUACUACAAAAAGUGAUGAAAUAGAUGUUAAAGAUUUGGGAAUUAUUAUCAGAACCUUAGGAUGUGUUGUCACAGAAGCAGAAUUACAAGAAAUACAAGUUCAAGUGGAAGAUGUAGUAACUAAUCGUAUACCAUUAAAAAAGUUUUUAGAAUAUAUGUCCAAAGCUAUUGGUGAAUACAAAUAUAAGCCAGCAGAACCAGAAGAUUUAUUAAAAGCAUUCCAAUUAUUAGAUCCUGAACAUCGAGGUUACAUUAUGCGUGAAGACUUAGAAAAAAUAAUGAUGGAAACUGGAGAACCAUUUUCAACAGAAGAAAUAAAUAACAUGAUGGCUAUUGCAUGUGAUCCCGAAACAAAACAAAUUAAUUAUGAACAUUAUAUUAAUUUAUUACUUGUGGAAAAAUAUUAAAACUUACAAUAUGGUCCAAACCUUCUUGAACAGUAUGAUCUCUUGAAUAAAUUAAACUUAAUUUUGAACCCUGUAUUGCAACUGGACUUUUACUUGCUAUUUUUUCUGCAAGUUUUAUUGAACCAUUCAAUAAACUAAAAAAUAAAAGGUAUGUUUUUAAUUUAAUAAUUCUUAAAAAUAGAAAGAUUAAAAAAAUAAAAAUUCCUUUUUUAUUAUUUACAUAAAAAAAUAUUCUUUUACCUUUCUUGAUUAUCAAAUAAACAACUCACAAAACCUUGUUGUGCAGCUUCAACAGCUGAAAAUUUUCUUGCAGUAUAUACAAGUUCUCUUAUUAAACUGUCAGAACCUAUAAUUUUGGAAAAUCUUUGCAAUGUACCAAUAUCAGCAGCCAUACCAAAAUCAACUUCUUUUAUUUGAAACCAUGCAUCUGAAGAACAAUAACGUAUAUCUGCUGCAGAUAUCAUAUCCACACCAGCUCCAAUACAUGCACCAUGUACAGCUGCAAUUACUGGUUUUGGACACUAAAAAGUAAUUUUGAAAAAAAAAUUAAAAUAAUAAUAAAUAUACAGAAUAAUUAAA